AGGGAGGAAGUACACCGAGUACAGCGGCGCACUCAAGCAGCACACACACCACAGCAGCCUCGACGAGAAGGAGGGAACUGUGCAAGCUGCGGGGAGAACCACGAGAGGAGGACCUGUCGUUUCCGUAACGCAGAGUGCAGGCAGUGCAGAAAAUUGGGACACAUCGCCCGGGUGUGUCGGGCUCGACUCACCCGUCGACAAGCAUCAGAUGACCGACCCAGGAGCCCCAGGUCACACGGCACCAUGCACCAAGGCAACUCGACGGAGAUCACGGACUACCAGGUAUUCCAGUUGCCCCAUCCCAGCACAGAGAAAAUUUAUAUAGAGGUACAGAUAGAGGGAGCCCCAUGCCGCAUGGAGCUGGACACGGGUUCAACUCUAUCCAUAAUCUCGGCCCGAACAUUAAGGGAACUGUGCCCUAAUGGGGGUCCCAAACUAAGGCCGGCCCCAUUCACCCUCCGGGACUUCCAGAAACGUAAGGUCCCUACUAUGGGGGUGGGGACCUUCAGGGUGCAAUAUCGAGGGCGAAAGCAACAAUUGGACUUGCUGGUAGUUAAGGGCCCCUACGUUAGCUUACUGGGACUGGCAUGGUUUGGACCUCUGGGGCUAGCCGUUACCGGGGUGAACCGCACUAGCUUACAAGUGGACGUGGACGCCAUAUGCAAAGAGUUUCCAGGGGUUUUCGAUGGGGCAUUGGGACGAUAUACAGGACCCCCCAUUGCCCUACAGCUAGACCCCGCUGUACGACCCAUCAGGCACAAGGCCCGCCGGGUCCCGUUUGCCCUGAAACCCCGCAUAGACGAGGAAUUGGACCGGCUCGUGGAGCAAGGAGUGCUGGAGCCGGUGCCCAACGCCCCCUGGGAAACUCCAAUUGUCACACCCGUCAAGCCUAACGGUUCGGUCCGCAUCUGUGCAGACUACAAAUGCACCAUAAACAAGGCUCUCACGGCCCAUGCAUACCCAGUGCCAGUGGUCAGCCAUGUCCUCGCCACCCUGGCUGGGUCAAAAAUCUUUGGCAAACUGGACUUGGCCCAAGCGUAUCAACAGUUGCCUGUGGACGAAGCCACAGCAGAGGCUCAGACGAUUGUGACGCACAGAGGGGCAUUCAGAGUAAAGCGGCUGCAAUUUGGCGUUAGCGUGGCACCAGGCAUAUUCCAGAAUCUAAUGGACUCUCUCCUUAAAGGGAUUCCUGGUGUCACCCCCUUCUUCGAUGAUGUACUGAUCGCCGGGCCCACACCAGAGGAAUUUGAGGACCGCCUCCACUCCGUCCUGCACCGUUUCCAGACGGCGGGCCUCAAGGUGAAGCGGGAAAAGUGUUUACUGGGAGUGCCGCAGGUGGACUUUCUGGGAUUUAAGGUGGACGCAGAAGGGGUCCAUCCAACCGGUGACAAGGUACGGGCCAUUUGUGAGGCCCCAGCGCCCAAGAGCAAGCCCGAACUUCAGUCAUUCUUGGGACUAUUGAACUUUUACCAUGCCUUCCUUCCCCAUAAGGCAGCGGUAGCGGAGCCCCUACACAGACUCCUAGAUAAAAGGGCCCCUUGGGUGUGGGGCCAGCGACAAAGGGCCGCAUUCCAGGCAGUCAAGGACUUGCUCGUCUCGAACUCGGUCUUAGCACACUUCGACGAGAGGCUGCCAGUGGUGCUGGCAUGCGACGCCUCUCCCUAUGGCAUCGGCGCUGUCCUGGGACACCAACUCCCGGAUGGAAGAGAGGUGCCGGUGGCAUACUUCUCCCAGACGCUUGCUGCAGCCGAACGAAACUACUCACAGAUUGACAAGGAGGGUCUGGCAAUCGUGAAGGGCGUAAAAAAAUUCCAUGAUUUCUUGUACGGGCGGCCCUUUACCAUAGUGACUGACCACAAGCCGUUGCUUGGCCUGUUUGCCCCUGAGAAGCAGACCCCCCAAGUGUUGUCUCCACGUGUCCUCAGGUGGUCAAUUUUCCUUGCCGGCUACCAGUAUGCACUAAUCCACCGCCCUGGGAAGGCGAUGGGCCACGCAGACGCCCUCAGCAGGCUACCACUACCAGAAACAGGCCCCGACCCAGCGCCUGCGCAAGAGGUUAUGACCCUGGAGCUGCUUCCCGACCGACCCAUUCAGGCACAAGAAGUUGCGCACCAUUCCACAAAAGAUAGGGUCAUCUCCCGGGUCCUGGACUGGGUGUGGCGAGGAUGGCCCAGCAGCAGCCCCGGGCCAGAAUUCGCUGGCUACACAAACCGCAAACAUGAACUGUCGGCCCACAAGGGGUGCCUGUUAUGGGGAAGCAGGGUUGUUGUUCCCCAGCCCCUCCGCAAAAGGGUCCUCACAGCCCUACACGAGACACACCCAGGGGUAGUGAGGAUGAAGGCCCUUGCCAGGAGUUAUGUGUGGUGGCCGGGGAUUGACAGAGAGAUAGAGGCCUGGGUCCAACACUGCCAGACCUGCCAAGAAUCCCGCCCGGAUCCCCCAAGGGCCCCAGUCCAGCCCUGGGAGUCCGCCCGACAUCCAUGGUCACGCUUGCACGUGGACUUCGCUGGCCCCUUCCAGGGAAAAACAUUCUUCAUAGUGGUGGAUUCCUACACCAAAUGGCUGGAGGUCGCACUGGUACCAUCCACUACUACGGCGGCAGCCAUCCGGGUACUACGUAAGCUGUUUGCGACCCACGGGCUCCCUGACACCCUCGUCUCGGACAAUGGAACCGCAUUCACGUCAGAGGAGUUCCAGACCUUCACAGCGCAGAACGCCAUCCGCCACAUCCGCUCAGCACCAUUCCACCCUGCCACCAAUGGCCAAGCGGAGCGCAUGGUGCGGACCACCAAGGACAGCCUCCGCCGCAUGACACAAGGGGACUGGGAAUACCGCCUUGCUGCAUUUCUUCUAGCACAGCACAGCACCCCAAGCACAACGACGGGCCGGAGCCCAGCUGAAUUACUAAUGGGCCGGCGCCUUGCAACUAGACUGGACCGACUUCACCCCGACAGAGCUCAGGAUGAGGUAGUGGUGGGGAAAGGCAGGAGAGAAGGGGCAGCCCUGCCCCCUGCCUGCCUCUCAGAGCCAGUGCCUUAUGCAGAGCUGGCUCUCACCGUCGGCACCCUCUUCUCCUCCUUGCCUGCUUUCCAGAAGCCACUACAAGCUGCCCAGGUGAGGAGGCCAGCAAUGAGAUGCUGCCUUGCAGCCACUACUACCACCAUCGCUGUUGCUCAGGACAAGCCCUGGUUCAUCCCCCUCCCCGAGCUCAGUGCUGGCGGGAGAAAUAAGGGCAUUCCAGGAUCAAAACGGAAGCUGGGGCCAUCCCUGGAAAAUCAGGACAUUGUAGGAGGCUACCCCAAAGUUCAGAGACAUAGAUCGUAUGAAAGAAAUGGUGUUGCUAAGUCCUUGUUCAGGCCUCCCUUAAAACGAUUUGACUUUGCAAAUCACGGCAAAAAUGGCAGCACCAUGCAUGACAUAUACUAA